AUGGAAAUGAACGAGCCUAUUGCCAUUGUUGGCAGUGGAUGUCGUCUUGCUGGAGAUAUCGAUUCACCCUCCAAGCUCUGGCAACUUCUACGCGAGCCUUGUGAUCUUCGUAAAGAAAUCACCACUGACCGAUUCAGCGUUGAUGGAUUCUACCACCCUGAUGGAUCUUAUCAUGGUCACAGCAACGUUAGGCAUGCCUACGUUAUGAAUCAUGAUCCAAGUCAAUUUGAUGCAACGUUCUUUGGUAUUAAACCAAGCGAAGCAAAGUCAAUGGAUCCACAGCAGCGUCUUCUUCUAGAGGUUGUUUAUGAAUCUAUUGAAGCAGCUGGCAUGUCUAUCACCGGGCUUAAUGGAAGUGAUACUGCCGUCUAUGCUGGUCUGAUGACCAACGACUAUGGGAUGAUGCUCACACGCGACCUUGCACAUGUCCCUACAUACCACGCAACUGGUAUCUCUUCAGCUAUCGUGUCUAAUAGGGUAUCCUACUUUUUCAACUGGCAUGGGCCGUCUAUGACAGUUGAUACAGGGUGUUCCGCGAGUCUCGUCGCCCUUCACCUAGCAGUGCAGUCUCUCAGGAAUGGUGAGAGCAGAAUGGCUAUAGCCUGCGGCACAAACUUGAUACUAGGGCCAGAAUAUUUUGUCAUCGAAAGUAAGCUAAAGAUGCUUUCCCCAGACGGCCGGAGUAAGAUGUGGGACCAGGCAGCCAAUGGGUAUGCCCGUGGAGAUGGUGUGACAUCUGUGGUCUUGAAGACAUUGAGCGCGGCCCUAGCAGACGGUGAUCAUAUUGAAUGUAUCAUCCGAGAAACGGGGCUGAAUCAGGACGGGUCUACUCCUGGAAUCACCAUGCCUAGUGCAGCCGCCCAGGAGGCUUUGAUUCGGAGUACAUACGCCAAGGCUGGAUUGAACUUGCAGAAUCCAUGCGACCGGCCGCAAUAUUUCGAGGCUCACGGCACUGGUACUCCAGCUGGUGAUCCAAUCGAAGCUGAAGCGAUUAGCAAAGCAUUCUUCCGCGAUCCUAUACUUGAUAAUACCGGUCAUGAUGGGGCGAUCGAAAGACAUCCAUUAUAUGUCGGGUCUAUCAAGACCGUACUAGGCCACACAGAAGGAUCUGCAGGCCUUGCAGCAAUUCUGAAAGCAUCCCUCGCCCUUCGGAAUUCCACAAUUCCACCCAAUUAUCUUUUCAACCAACUCAGUGACCGGGUAGCACCAUUCUACGACAACCUUGAGAUUGCCACAUCCGCAAAGCCGUGGCCGAAGAUCCCUGACCAACAAGUGAGACGAGCUAGUGUUAAUAGUUUCGGUUUUGGGGGAGCUAAUGCUCACGCAAUUCUGGAAAGCUACCAUCCUCCUCUGCCCAAAGCAAACCAAAUACUACACAGUGGCUCCCGCCCUACUAUACCGUUCGUCUUCUCAGCUCCAUCCGAGAAAGCUCUCAAGGCUGUUCUUACCUCUUAUGCGAAUUACUUAUUAUCGAAGCCGGAUAUUGCUAUAGAAGAUUUAGCAUAUACCCUGUGUGAGAGAAGAGGUCCUUUUUCUUUUCGCGUAUCUUUUGCUGCAGGUGAUCUUGAUGAUCUCUCAGAAAAAAUCAAUAUCCAUUUGCAGCAAGAGGGAGGCAUCAUCAGCACUAAGGCUUUGGCAUUGGCCCACCCUGGCCAACACCAUGGAAUCCUGGGAGUCUUCACCGGCCAAGGCGCGCAGUAUCCGCGUAUGGGCGCUGAACUGAUAGAAAAGUGGCCACAGGCCCGUCGAAUUAUCAAGCAUCUAGAGAUGAUGCUCAGCCAGCUUCCCAUUAACGAUCGUCCCUCGUGGUCUUUGAAAGCCGAACUCCUAGCAAACGCCAAGUCUUCUCGAGUCCAGGAAGCUACCAUAUCUCAGCCUCUGUGCACUGCUGUGCAAAUCAUGAUGGUUGACUUACUCAAGUUAGCCAAGGUCGAUUUCUGCGCUGUAGUCGGCCACUCUUCCGGUGAAAUUGCUGCAGCAUAUGCUGCUGGAUUCCUCACGGCUCGAGAAGCUAUCUCUAUUGCUUAUUAUCGAGGCCUGCACUUAAGCUCGGCGGAAAGUCCAAAGGGGAAAGAGAUCCCUGGAGCGAUGCUGGCUGUAGGUUUGUCGAUGAGCAAGGCAAGCAUCAUAUGCAAUCGUAUUCAAUUUGCGGGCCGAAUCUCAAUUGCGGCGAGCAACUCCUCCUCCAGCGUUACUAUCAGUGGAGAUGAGGACGCAAUUAUUGAGUUACAAGCCACACUGGAUGCCGAAAAGGUGUUCAACCGACGGUUGAAAGUUGACAAGGCGUACCAUUCAGCACAUAUGGAGCCAUGCGGUGGCCCCUAUAUCACCUCUCUCGAGGCUUGUGUGCGGCAGCGACAGGUCCAAGAGAGCAGCAAUACCUGUUUAUGGUACUCGAGUGUGUACGAUAAGGCAAUUGACCCUGCCCAGGGUGUUUCCUGCAACUACUGGGCCGAAAACAUGGCAAACCCAGUUCUUUUCUCUCAAGCGCUUACUAGGGCAGUCACAGAAAUGGACUUCGAAGUCGUCAUUGAGGUCGGUGCUCAUCCGGCUUUGAAGGGGCCCGCUAGUCAAACCAUCGGAGAAGCAGCCCCCUCAGGGCAGCAAGUUCCAUACCUUGGGACGCUGAAACGCGGCAUCACCGCAGAUGAGGGAUUUUCAGUCGCCCUAGGUCAGCUUUGGUCCCUUUUAGGUCCUCCACAGGUCAAUCUUUGGGAGUCACUAAGUUCUGGCAUGAGGCGCGAGCCUCUCGAAAUAUGCGUCUCAGAAAGAAGGCGGGAUAUUCGAUUGAUUGAGCUUGCCGACUUUACAAUUCACCAUGCCGUCGUUCUGCCGGAAGACGAUGCUGGCGUCGAAGUGCUGGUUGAACUUGUCCAGAUUCCCACUACUGGAUCAGAUUGCCUAAAGGCAAGGUUCACCUACUCAGCUGCUGUUGGACACGAUGUUGAGAUCCUCACUCUCGCAGCAAGCGCAACCAUCGUGAUCAAACUCGGAACACCCGCAACUCCACUUCUCCCUCCAAGCCUUAUAGCCUCGAAGCUCCAGCAUGCAACCAGGGUUGAUGUCGAUAGCUUCUACUCUGCUCUGGCAGAGCUUGGGUACAACUUUACUGUACCCUCGAAUCUAGAGUCCGAGUCACUUCUCAUCCACCCUGCAGAGUUGGAUGCCGCAUUCCAGGCUAUUUUGCUGGCUUGCAGUUAUCCGAACGAUGAGCAACUCCGUGCUUUGCAUCUUCCAACAGCCAUACGUCUGAUUCGAGUAGAACCUGCACAGUGCAGCUCUCGAGAUACCAAAUCAGCACAACUCCUGCCAGUCGAGGGGGCUAUUUUUAGUAGCAACGAUGAGAUUGGUAUUAUUGGAGAUGUGAAUAUCUCUUCUCCUUGCUCCUCGAAUGUUAUGGUUCAGAUGCAAGGUAUCAAACUUGUUCCGUUUGGUGGAGCUAGUGCCGAGAAAGACGAUAGAAAACUGUUUUCAACAACACAAUGGAUCAGCCAUAGCCUGGAUGGCUCAAGCUAUACCCCAUUAGAUCAACAUAUGCAUGACACCAUGAGCGUGAUGGAAAGAAUUUCGGCCUUCUACCUCCACCAGAUCGACCUUCAACUUGCUCAAGACCACCCAUUAAGAUCUCAGCGGCCAUUAUGCUUCUAUCUUUCUCACGCCCAUCACAUUACAUCUCUCGUCGAUAGUGGUAGUCAUGGACUAGCCAACAAAGAAUGGGAAAAUGACACUCUCGAUAGUGUAAUGCGCGCAAGUGAAGGAUUCUCUGACGUACCAGACAUCCGCCUGGCACAUCUUGUUGGCGAGCAGAUGCCCCGUGCUCUAAGAGGGGAAACAACGAUGAUCGAAGAAUUUCGCAAGGCUAAUAUCUUAGGUGACUACUACACCAAUGGUGCCGUGAUUCAAUCGUCGGCUACGUGGAUCGUUGGAUUAAUGAAGCAGCUUGUCAAUCACUUUCCACAAUUGAACAUUUUGGAGAUAGGCGAAGGUGUGACAUCGAGGAUCCCUUCCGCUAUUAAUAAUAGCUUCCUUAAUUACACCUACACCAACGUCUCGGGCUCGAUCCAACCUGACGGCACGGCGUUCUUCUCCCAGGUGGAUGAUCCAAAGCCAGUUCUAACAAUCGAUCUGGAGUUAGAUCCUACCACCCAGGGCUACGUUGAAAGCUCCUAUGACGUGAUAAUUGCAUUUUGGAUCAUGCAUGCUACUAAGGACCUAAACUCAUCGCUGUGCAAUCUUCGUAAACUGUUGAAGCCUGGUGGCUAUCUUAUUGUCGCCGAAGGUAGUCUAACAAGUAGCGGAGGUGACGGCGGCCUUACUUCCAUCUUCGGAACCCUGGGCGGAUGGUGGCUAGGCGCUGAUCAGGGACGGACAUUGAAUCCCUACCUGUCAACUGAAGAAUGGGACAAAUCUCUCAAGUGCACUGGAUUCUCUGGAGUUGAGUUGACUGCGCCGAAGCAACUUACUGACACAUUUGGAGCAAAGCUUUUCCUUUCUCAAGCUGUCAAUGAGCAGGAAGUCGAUUACUCCACCAUUAACAGCCGAAGUACCGUGAUCAGUUUGACCGAGUUGGACGAGCCAGUGUUUUUAGAUAUCACAGAACCGAGAUUUUCCGCUUUGAAGCAAAUGUUUGGUCAUGGAAAGAAGCUUCUUUGGGUAACAAGUGGCCGAGUCGAUCAUCAGCCGUACUCCAACCUCACUCUGGGGUUCGGGAGAACAGCCGCGAUCGAGACGCCGGGUCUUUUAUUGCAGCAGUUGGAUAUUUAUAAUCCUCUGCUGACGGAAGCCCACCAAAUAGCCGAGAUAUUUUUACGUUUUGUUUCGACAAUACCAGAGUCAACUUUGUGGAAUGCGGAACCAGAAAUCAUCAUUGACGAAAGGGGAAUCGAGAUGAUCCCGCGCCUAAAGCCAAUCCCCACGUUCAACAAUCGUCAUAACUCUUCAUCGCGCGAGAUCAAACAGCUAGUUGACACUCAUCACUCCCAAUUUUCUCUCGAAACAACAAAGUUAGGUUGGACUGCGAGGUACCUGACAGCUCAAUGCAUGCAUAUGCCUGAAAACCUCGACCUGGUUACAAUGUAUUCAACCUCAACUGCGAUUAAGACCUCAGUUGGUCAACAGUACCUUGUGUUGUGCCGACACGAAGUUUCGCAGAAAACCUAUGGAUUGUCAAACGCGGCAAGCAUUGUGAGCGCUCUUCGCCGCGCUAUCAACAAGAUCAACAGUUACGAUCCAGCACAUUUAGAACUAGCUCGCUCGCUUGAUUUCUCGGUGGACAUAGGCAGUCUUCUUGAAAGACCUCUCACAGGCAACCCCCUAGAGAUUAUAGAUUGGACAAAGUCUAGUACUAUACCAAUUACAGUGGGCAGAGCAGACAAUCAGCAAACCUUCCGCAGUGACAAGACCUACUGGAUAAUUGGCUUGUCUACCGCACUCGGGGCAUCGCUGUUUGACUGGAUGAUUCAGCAGGGAGCCAAGAACCUGGUCUUUUCUAGGAGGCGGCCUGAUUUGGACGUUGAAUGGGUCGAAGCUCACAAGCGUAAUGGGGUUAGGAUUGAGGUAGUUGCAUGCGAUUUGACCGACGAAAUGAGUCUCAAGAGAGCGCAUGCUGAGAUUUGCGCUACCUUACCGCCUAUUGCCGGUGUCAUGAACGGCGCCGCCGUCUUUAGGGAUAAUUCGAUUCUCAACAUGUCUUUCAAUGAGCUCGAAGAUAGUCUCGCCCCUAAAGUGCUCGGAACAAUACACUUGGAUCGUAUUUUCUACCAUGAAAACUUGGACUUCUUCAUUCUUACCUCCUCCAUAACUGGUCUGCUCGGCAGCGAAGGGCAGGCUAACUAUGCUGCAGCCAACACGUUCAUGUGCGGUCUUGCAGCCCAGCGCAGGAAACGUGGUCUCGCCGCCACGGCCAUCAACUUGGGAGCAAUCGCUGGCGUCGGUCUGUUGGAAAGGUCAGAUAAAAAGGUCCUAGAGUCUAUCAUGCAAAGACUUUCCCUUAUGCCUGUGUCCGAAGGGGACUUCCAUCAGAUCUUUGCUGAAGCCAUCGAAGCUGGUCGUCCUAACUCGUCUACAUGUGGUCCGGAGCUUACGACGGCGCUUCGUGCCGUCCCAUUUGAUGAUUCCAAUGCCCCGGCUUUCUUUUCAAAUCCUAUCUUUUCUCACUUCCGACAGGUAGGAUUAGGGCAAAAGACAAAAGGAUCAAAGGGCGCCUCCACCAAAGAGCUCCUUGCUAUGUGCGAGACUGAAGUCGACCUGCAAAAUAUUAUCAAAGGGGCAUUUUCGAACGAAUUACGCAAGGUGUUACAUACAACAAUGUCCGACGACGAGCUCAUGGAGAUGCGAAGCAUUGACCUUGGCAUUGAUUCACUGGUCUCCAUAGACCUACGCACCUGGUUUACGAAGAACCUGAAGGUCAAUAUCCCUGUUCUCAAGAUCAUGGGCAAUGAUCCCACUGGAGACUUGGUUUCGUUUGCUAUAAAUCAUAUACCAUCUGAGCUCGUACCCAUGAUGCCGAAUCGAGAUGGACUUGGAGAAAUAACCAAAGAAGAUGCUAGCAAAAUGACAAUCGACUGGGACGUGGAAACUGCCCCCCCUGCAGAUUUGUCCGGACUUACAGCUAUACCUGUCGUAUCCACUGGCAACGGCGCUGCUCCGAAUACAAUCGUCCUGACUGGGGCCAGUGGGUUCCUGGGACAUCACAUCCUCCAAGCUCUCCUAGAGCAGCCCUCUAUCACAAAGGUCCACUGCAUAGCUAUGCGAAGACUUCAAGAAAAGCUGAAAAAGGGUGACUUACCACAAGAUGAACGCGUUGUUUACUACGAAGGCGAAUUGCACCAACCACGACUAGGUCUUUCCGAGGCGGCGGCAGCAUCGAUAUUUGGGGAGGUGGACGCAGUUAUUCACAAUGGCGCUGAUACAUCGCACCUCAAAUCCUACUUUGACUUGAAACCGUCAAAUAUCGAUUCCACACUUGAGCUAAUCCGGCUGUGCUUGCCGCGCAGGGUGCCGCUACAUUUCGUGUCCUCCAACGCCGUCGGACGAUACUCGAACAAAGAACAGAUCGGCGAGGUCCCCAUUUACUCACCCGGGGCGCCGCAACCGCCAACAGACGGAUCCUCGGGAUAUCGCUCGACGAAGUGGGCUGCCGAGACAUUGCUUGAGCGGGUUCAUGAGGCCACUCGUCUACCGAUAUGGAUUCAUCGUCCCUCGACGAUCAUCCGGUCUGGGAGAGACGCCGAAGGACAAGCCGCCCAGCUCGACUGGAUGAAUGCGUUGAUCUGGUACAUGGAUAAGCUAUCGGCGGUGCCCAAGCUCAACCACGGCACGGGGUUCCUGGAUCUCGUUCACGCUCGAACCGUUCGCGCCGGCAUCGUAUCGCAUGUCAUGAAGGGCGAAGCGACGGGCAGAACGGAGAAAGUCGGCUAUGUGCAUCACAUGGCGGACCUCUUGUUGCCGUUGGCUAGGUUGGAAGAGUUCAGUCAAGAGUCCGGGCGCCAAUUUCGACAAUUGCGCAGGGAAGAAUGGACGGCGGAGGCGGUUGCGGCUGGCAUGCAUCCGGCGGUCGUGGUGUUGAUUGAGAUGAUGGAUGCGCCUGAUCUCAAAGGCCCACCGAUGUUCGUCAAGGGCCCUGGGUCUCCCUCGGAGCCUCUCCCGACUGGGAACUAG